AUGUCGUCAAGGUGUAAAAAGUAUUACAAGUGUUUUAGUGAAGAAAGAAACCUAAGGAGACAUGAAAGAGUUCACACCGCGAAAAAGGCUUAUGAAUGUAAACAGUGUGGCAAGUGUUUUAGCAAAUCAGGACACCUAAGGAUUCAUGAAAGAGUUCAUAGUGGGGAAAAGCCUUAUGAAUGUAAACAGUGUGGCAAGUGUUUUAGCAAAUCAGGAGGCCUAAGGAGUCAUGAAAGACUUCACACUGGGGAAAAGCCUUAUGAAUGUAAACAGUGUGGCAAGUGUUUUAGGCAAUCAGGAGACCUAAGGAGUCAUGAAAGAGUUCACACUGGGGAAAAGCCUUUUGAAUGUAAUCAGUGUGGCAAGUGUUUUAGCCAAUCAGGAGACCUAAGGAUUCAUGAAAGAGUUCACACUGGGGAAAAGCCUUUUGAAUGUGAAGAGUGUGGCAAGUGUUUUAGCCAGUCAGGACACCAAAGGAUUCAUAAAAGAGUUCACACUGGGGAAAAGCCUUAUGAAUGUAAACAUUGUGGAAAGUGUUUUAGCAAAUCAGGAGACCUAAGGAGGCAUGAAAGAGUUCACAAGGAAGAAAAACGUUUUCGUCAUGAUGUAGGCUUGCAGACGCAUAAAAGUGUUCACACUGGGAAAAAGCCAAUUAAAUGUAAACAAUGUGGCAGGUGUUUCAGUGCAGCAGGAAUUCUAAAGAGACAUGAAAGGUUUCACACCAGAGAAAAGCCUUAUGAAUGUAAGCAGUGUGACGAGUAUUUUCAUCAUUCAAGUGCUCUUAGGAGGCACAAUGAAGUCCACAGUGACAAAAGUCUUUUUAAUCGUUUGCAGUGUAAGGUUAAGAGAGCAGGAAGUAAUAUAAUGUCAGGAAUUCCCAACAGCACGCUUUCUCGUAGAGAAAAUGGAAACAGUGAUAUGGAAAUUCCGCAAACAGAUAUCAUUGAGAAACACAGCUGCUGGGUUUGUCAAGAGGAGAUGAACAGUGAAGUUCUUCUUCUUCAACAUUAUGAAAGUCAUAUGAGACAUGUUGUUGAAGAUGGCUGUCGAAGUUGAGGAACAGUUGGGUCUUUAGGAUUUGUUAAUCUUCGUACCUCUUCCAGUUUUUAAGUUGUCCUUUGUAACAGUAUCAUCUCGUUUGGUCACCUUUGAUUAAUUGGUUGAGUCGAAAGUUCAAAUUAUGUUUGUAGUGUUUAUUUUAUUUUGAUUAGUGGACAUUGCUGUUUUUUAAAAUGGACAGAGCAGUUCUUUUGUGAUCGUUUUCCGUUGUAAAUAACUAUCCUUCCACCAGUGAAAAUAGAUAAACAGAGAAUUGUAAUCUCCGGAGUAGUCAAUCGGUAAAAAUCGGUAUUGAUUUAUCAAUCGAUGGAUCGAUAAAAAUCGGUAAGUCUGAUUUGAUUGAUAUCGAUUGUAUCGAUCAAUCGGUAGAAAUCGAUGACACACUUGUUUCGUUUAUCGAUUUAUCUAGAUUGUACCGAUUUCAUCGAUUUAUAUCGGAAGAUACAUCUGUUCUUCUGUUCAUCCAAAAAUGAAAAUUGAUUUCAUCCAAACAGUGAAUUUGUUGACAAUUGAGUUGCAAUUGAGAGUUGAAGGAUCAAACAAUUUAUUAUCACUUUUUUCCAAAAAAGAAAAGUUUAAAAGAAUCUCAUCUUUUCUUUAAAACUCGGUUUAAAGUUUUCUUCUGAUGGCCGAAAUUGGCCAGGUUUGUAGGCGCCCAGUUUUUCACGAUUUAGAUCUACCACCCUUUCAAAAUAACAUCAUUUCCGUGUUUAGUUACUUGCUGGAGAAGCCAAUAGAUAAAAACCGAAAUCGAUGAAAAUCGAUAGCGAUCAAGUGAUUUUAUCGACAGAUAACGGAAAACGGUGAAAAUCUAUCGAGGGAAAUCUUUUAGCCCAAAUUUCAGGCAUCCCUUCCACUCUAGGGGAUGUCUGAAAUUCAGGCGGGGAAAUCGUUUAUCUUGAAUUGUAUUUCUCGUGGUACUUGCCUGCGAGAACUGCGAAUGUAAUUGAACCAAACCGUUUUUGUUUUUAUGUACAAAAGGGUCACGGUUUUAGAGAGAAUCUUGUGUCUGUAAUAGUUUCCACAUUUCUUAUUUUUAUCUUUGUUGAUCAGUUGUUACUCGCGGAUGUGUUUUCUCAGCUGUACUAUCUAACUUAUGCCAAAAAACAACAAUGUCGGACUUACCAUUAUAAAUCGUUUAAAUCAUGAAAAAUCGAUAAUAUCGAUUUGACACAGCAAUCUAGUUUAUCGAUUUUCACCGAUUUCCGUUAUCAAUCGAUAAAAAUCACUUGAUUGCUAACGAUUUUUAUCGAUUGACUACUCCGGGAAAUCUGGGGGCGCAGAGUUCAACUCCUCGGACAAGCUUGUAAAGUCUGUAAAUAGCCAACUGGUUUGCUUUCGGCCAGUUGGGAAUCUUAACCCUGUGGGCCGCAAUGAAAACUAAUGGUUUACCAGUAAUUGUGUUACCCUUAUAGUUAAUAACGACAGUUUUUUAAUCUUUCCGUCAGAGUGAAAAAAAAACUUUGCUUCGUGUCGAAGGACGAGUGGGCGACCUGUGAACUGAUAAGGAAUGAAACCUUUGACGCUCAAAAUCAGGUUAAAAUAGAGUUUAGAGUUUCAGGUGUAAACAGGAGCUUAAUAGUGGAUGAGAACAUGUGACCAGUGCCACGCCCGCCCCUGUCCUUAGCCGAGGUGUUUGAUUAUCUCUUGGUCUUUAGUCAGGGCUAUUUAGAAUUGUUAAUGUUUCCGUUUCUAAAUAAGAACUUUUCUAUUUGGAACAAGAAAAAAAUCGGUUUCAUUGUUAGUGGGACCCUAUUCUCAUAGUUUCUCUAUCCAGUCUGUGAGGGGCUCCCCCAAAUCACAACAUGAUUAAUGAGCCUUUAGCAGAUGGUCAAUUAUGUGGACAAAAACGGCUACUUUGGCAUAGAAGCAACGCAUUACGACAUGACAAACAAAUCUCUUAGUCUCUUCAGCUAUAGGCGCCCUAAAACGUGUGCGGCCCUUUAUAUCCAAAGAAACUGCAAUUCAAAUUUAUAACGCCUUAAUUAUGCCUCAUUUUGAUUACUGCAGCCCCGUCUGGGACUGUUUGAUUGGUUACUUGAGUGAUAAGCUCCAAAAAUACAGCUGACAGCUGUCAAAACAGGGUAUCCGCUGACCAGUAUCACUUGACCGUAUCACGGGCUCAGGUCGAGUAUCUUUUUGACGUUAUCCGCUGACAAGUUACUAGUUUUCAAAUGAUUUCAGGCUCAAGUUUAAUUUUUUUAAUUCAUAUGAAAUGUGUUUUAUAAGGACCCUACAAUUAAAAUUUUGACUUCAAACUGACCUCGGAAGCUAAAAUUCAGCCAGUUUUUACAGGCAGGGAAGACAUGCCUUUUGCUUUUGACUUUUCUCACCAAGGUCACGCGUUGGUCACCCUUUACGUCCAAUUUUUAUACUCUGAUUGGCCAAAAUUUGACAGGUGAGUUCAUGCGCAAAAUUUAUGCAGCAUCUUAAAUCUUCUUUACUUCGCCAGCUGAAGCUGACAGAGUUUUGUGUCAACUUUUGUUUUUAACUGUCUUUUUUCCACUGAAUGUACAAAGUGAAAUUCAGCUGCUAUCAAGAGUCUUCUGUUAUUCGUGGCUAGUUUGCUUCUUGGGUUUUUGGUUGAGAAAUAAAUCCGAUUUCGGAUGGCAUCGUUUUCGUUUUUCACCUUGCUUGAUGCGUAAGACGGUUGAAAAAGUCUGAAGCGAUUCUAGUCUUACUUGAUAGUUUUCAGUGCAUCUCGAAUGGUAAGCCUGAGUAGUUAUUAUAUUUGAUGUUUGUUUUUUAUAUCUAAUUUAAUGAAGUCGAGCGUAGUCUAUGCGGCUAUUUGGUUUAUGCACGUUUGUAAGAUUUGAGACAAUGAUCUGACCCAGUAUCAGGUUUGAUUAUAAGCUUAUAGAACUUUAAAAAGCCUUUAGACAUGCUCUCACCACAAAUAGAAAGAAAACGUUCCAUAGAAUAUUUAGUUUUAUUAUUCAUUCAAAAUAUUUUCCCGAUUCUGAUUGGCUAAAAGCACACGAUUAAUUCGCCAUAACCAGUUACUGAUGACUAAAUUUGGAAGAAGUUUGUAAUUAACGAGGAACUGACGUCAAAAAUGCAGCGUUUUCGCAGGUUAAGGCACCGUUAACCGAGAAGACCUGGAGACGAGGUUGAGUUGUUUUGGUUGUGAACUUGAAAAAUGGCGGACAUUUCACUCGUUUCAAGAGUAAGAACUAGGCGAAACAAUAGCUAAAAACAUUGCAAGAACAGCAAGAAGACAACUUGAAGGGCGACAUCAUCCUCGGAGACCCGGGGGCAGAUAAAGGGGGCGAGGGAAAGUCUAAACGGGCGGAAAAAUAUGGCACGAAGAAAAGUAAAGAACGGCGAGAAGAGCCCCUGGGGACAAUGUCUUACCAAACCAGUUCCAAACGGUCGCCGCCGUUCUGGCUUCUGAUUGUUGCCAGAAAACUUGUGUUUUUCUGGCAAACAAGAAACAAGAAGAAGAAACAAGAACGAGAAGUCUAAAGACUACUGCAAAGCGGAUUUAAAACAACGUGUAUUGUGUUUUAUAACAAUAUUUUGGCUGGCCAUACCAGCCUUCUUCAGGUUUACAGAUGUUACAUCCCCUAAUUUGUGUUGGGUGUUCUGUGCAAUUAGUAAGGGAGGUUUUUUUUUUGAGAUUGCAUUCGUUCGUCGUCGUCGACACACAUUUGCCUCGCUUUGAGGCGCUUGCUUACGUUUUGCCUCACUUUGACGCGCUAACUAACGUGGUGAUUCGUGUGUCCUCGGCGUUCAUCUUUCAAACGUUUUCUGAGGUCUGCUAUUCUGUCUUCGUCAAUCGUUCAUCUUUUAAAAGUGUGCUGAAUCUUCGUAAAGCGUACAUAUUUAAGAGUUUGCUGAAGGUCUACUAUCGAUCUGUGAAGCUCGGCGGCACCAUUUCAUCAUGACUUGUAAUAUUUUCGGCACUGGACAAACGAACAUUUUAGCCCAAUGUUAUUUAUUCGGAAAAACGUGACCAGCCCACAGUUGCGCCACUCAAGCCACUGAAAUCAAUACACUCAACCAAAUUACUAGAAAAGUUAUUGACGUGAGCCGCAAACACAUUCCACUGAAGGCUUUGAUGAUUCCCUUGAAACGUGUGAAAUUGAGAGGUGUAGUGCAAGUGAACCAGUGUUCAAACAUAAUCAUUGUGCCCCGGCAUUCACCACAAAAAUGUGGUCUUGGGUCGUUCUUUAAUAUCAUCACAAGUUAAGAAGACUUACCAGUAACGGUUUCCGGCAUUUGUAUAGGUAAUAGCAUGAUUUGUAGUGAUAUUUGGCAUAAAUACCACGAGUGAUAUUUCGAAAUUGUUAUACGUAAUUUCACGAGCCGUUAGGCGAGUGAAAUUCGAGACAAUUUUGAAAUAUCACGAGUGGUAUUUAUGCCAAAUAUCACGUACAAAUCAUGCUAUUAUUUGUUUAUACUACUACCCGCAAAAGGUUUGUAAUUUUCACAUGUAGGUAUUUCAAAUUAAGCUGAAAUACCACUGCUCUAAGCCAAUCAGAUUGCAGUAAUUUCUCAUGUAGUAGUAUAAUACAGUAAAUUUCAGUAAUUGUCUACAUGUGGAACUCCCAAUAUUAAAUAAAUUUAAUGAUUACAUCUAAAACUUUGUCAACUGUUUGCUUUUUAACAGUACCUAGGCUGGGUUGUUCAAAGCUGGGUUAAGAUAACCUAGGCGAGGAGGGUUAGAGCGAGAUUUGAACUCAGAUCUGAAAGCUUCAUUUUGCCAACAAGUUGAUGAUUGGACGCUCUUAAAAAUAACUGAGAAAAUUAUCCAAACAAACGUUUUUUAACAAAAGAAAAAGAAACCCGGGUUAAUCGCUUAUCGGCCCUCGAACAACGGCGUCCUGUAGAACAUCUAUUUCGCCAGUGAAACACAAUGUUCUUUUUACAUGCCCGAAGCACUCUGGCCAAUGUCUCCUCAAAUAACAAGCACUUGAGACGAACCAUACGAUAUCACGCUGAUCACUAGCCUUAAAAACCUUUUCAUUUUCAUACUCAGUUUAAAUCGAGGUUUCGCUGUACGAAACCCUUACGUUCAAAAUAUGCCAUAAUCAUAGUUAUCUAUCGCAAGAGCCAUCCACCCUUUCCCCUCAACUGCUACCUUUACGCCUAGCAAACAUAUCGAACGCACUCUCCUAAGCUCCGAUUACUUCUAGUUAUUUUGAAUGAAUAAUAAAACAAUUAUUGAAUUCGUCUUUUGUAUCAUAUGAAGAAUUAUGGAGAUCUCGGAGGGUGUUAUCCGACUCAGCCUACGGUCUCGACGGAUAACACCCUCCUCGAUCUCCAUAAUUCUUCAUAAGAUACUCAGCCUCAUUCAUUAAUUGUUAAAUAAUUCUGGCUGUAAAAGAAAACUUUGAGCGAUUUUCUUGCCUCGAGUUCAUCUUUGAAAAAAGCAAACACCAGGAAGCAGGCUUAAAACAUAAACAAAGAUUUUCAGAGGCACUUUAAUACUUGUCUUCGUGAAUGAAAAUUGUUGUCUCUGUAUAUUAUUUUCCUUUUAUUGAUUGUUAGUAGUCUCUUAUGCAAUUUUAAUCGCUCUGCCGUUUGUUUUCAGUCGCUCGCAAACAUCGCUUGCAGGAGUAGUCAAAAUGCCGCGCGUAUCAAACGCUUAUGAAGAUUACGCAUCCUUAUAAAACCAUUAAAUAAAAAAUAAACAUAAUAAAUUCUUCAUUAUGUUUAAGCGUAUAACCCUAUUAAUCUUAAUUUAAACAGUCGACUUUGCCGCUUGUCCAAAGUAAGAGCUAGCCGUGUAGGUGAUUUUGGAAAUUUUUUUAACGGUCUCGCUAAAAGCCCUAGACUACGAGUAGUCCCCCAUUUUUCCUCAGGGAUAGUAGAGCGAGCGAAACGCGCGCGCUCGUGAAAAUCACCCCACGCGAGAAAAGGCGACAGGCGGCGUGUCGCCUUUUCUCGCGUGGGGUGAUUUUCACGAGCGCGCGCGUUUCGCUCGCUCUACUAUCCCUGAGGAAAAAUGGGGGACUACUCGUAGUCUAUAAAAGCCUACGCGUGCUUGAUCGUCCUGAUUGAAUGAGUGCAAUUUGUGUUGCAAAAUUGUGAAAUACUGCAUUCUGUCCGAGGUCUGUUUGGUAAAAACAGCACCUCAUGGUACUGUUUCACCUCAGAUGUGAUGUAUAAAAAAUAUAAAAGGUUGGUUUACACGUCAGCAGACUUGUUGGCAAGAUUUUGUAAAGUAAACUUGUCGAACGCAAAAAAUUCGGCCUGAUUUGUUUUCCAAGCCUAAUCUACUGUGAUCAAGAGCCAUUAUGGCUGUUAAAUGUGAUCGAAGAUAAUUGCUAUUUUUUGGGUGUACAUAUAAGGCUAUCAACUCGAUGUAAGAUUAAGUUCACUCUUAGAUGGACUGUUUGCAAAUUAUUUUUCUCUAAAAUCACUUAGCCUUUCCCUCAAAAGUCACAUGAAUGUGCUCUAAAGUUAACUGAUUUGUGGAAUACAAGUUUAUUGUUUGAUUUAAAUUAUAAAUUCGACUUAAUAGGAGCUUCACUUUUAGCCCUGGCUAAAUCUAUAUAUUAAUAUAUAAUGACAAUGACUGCAGUACGUCGGGAGGAAGCAAAUUUUGACAAGUUACAACGACGAGUCAUUUGUUCACUUUCUUCUCUUACUCAGUGACUAAUUGUGAUCCUAGUUAAAAUACUCCGGAGCACAGUUUUUCUUAAUAUUGAGAAUGUGAUGUAGCGACCGGUGUUGUCGUCUUUCGUUUUUUUUUUUGGUGGGGGGGAAUUUUUUUUUUUUUACAAAGGUCUUGCACCUUAUACGUGCCUACAUCGUCCAAAAACUACACCGGUGGGUACUUCAUGUACUGUCAUGACAUGACAGAAAAAAAUGACAGGAUUGAUCGACACAGCAGAAAAGACGAACUUUUAGUCCAUCUGAAUGACAGCUUGCCUCUCGAGCGAUUUGUGCUGCUUUUUAAAAGCUUAGUUGUAAAAUUGCAAUUGUACAUUUCGGUAGACGGAGAUUAGACUCGGGGGUGCACUGCAUUUUAAGAGAUGUUAUAAAUGCAGUGAAUUUCUUAUUUAUCGGUCCGAGAUUUGAUUCAAUUGUUUUGGCACCGAUCUUAAGGUUGAAUUGUUACAUAACUCAGGGUUGCUGUAUCCAUGCUGCACCCAUGCUCGGUAUUCUUCGUUUUCACUGUCACGCAAUAAACACGGCACAAAAAAAUACAUUUGAAACCGUCAAGUGGAAGAAGCCAAGAAAAUGAAAUGUUAUAAAAGACUAAUAUAUAAACAAUUUGUCCAAAUCUCAGGUCUUUGUGGCCCACAGUUUCUGAGUUAGUUGCCGAAACAUUUCACGCAUCUUUGUAGAGCUUUGUAUGGAGACGCCAUAUUGGUGGACAGAAACUGUCCACCAAUAUGGCCGCCGGAAAUCAACAAAAACAUCUGGAGUUCACUUUUUCUAUAAAAGCUCCUCCUUUUCACUUGAGAACUAGCAUACUUGCGCAUAAACAUAUCUUCUAAUACUUGAAAUGGUUAAACUGCUGAAAAUCAAGCGGAGAGACUUUUUUCAAGGAGAUAGCAUUCCUAUUUUGGUGUCACGCACCGUGAAAACUCGGAAGUUCAAACUGCUGUAUUUUCGAAAUGAAACAUGCUUCGGGGCUGGAAACUUGUACAAAGAUUUAUUUCCUAUUAAUCUUCAACCUAGUGUAAAAAAGAAUUCGUAAAACCUCGCUUUUUUGACUUUGCAAUCUGAUGACGUCACCGUGAAAACCAUCAAUAUUCACGUGUAAAAAAAGUUGCAGAUUCAAGUGAAUGGACCUUGUCAGACUUAUCAAGUCCUUCAAAGCGCAUUUGAUCAUGUCCCAUGGAAAGUUGCGCUAUAUAAGUUUUCAUUAUUAUUAUUAUUAUUAUUAUUAUUACUUGUGUUGGAAUGUUUUAACAAAUUGACUAUGUGACCUGUCGGUUAUAUUACUGAUUUGGAAAUUUCUAAUGUUAGUUAAAAAGCUGUAACUUUUGGUAACAAAGUGAUUUACAAGCAAUAUAUGACGACUAAACUUGCCUCUCAGUUCUCAGAAAAAUUUUGUUUGCUACUUUUCACAUGACGAAAAAGGAAACUUAAAUGCAUCCCCAACCACAACCACCAAUGCAUGAACAUUACUUAAGCUUAAAUGGGCUUUCUCAUGAUAUUGCAGCUCUUUCAAGUGAAUUCUGUGUUGAAGUCAUCACUCAGUACUUUUACCCCAAGGCGGUGCUCUAAGGGGGUGUUUACAUGACUCCAGGGCGACUUUCGCGUCGGUCCGAGUUCACUCUGGUUCCCUUCCACGGCUCUUCAUUUGUUUUAAAAUACAUGAUACCACCAGAAAAUGCCAUGCCGCUGCGAGUCACCCCAGAGUGAGUUCAUUCACGUUGUUGUAACGGAGUGAGGUAAAAAAUUUCAUAACGGUAUCAUGUAAACGUGAAAUGACCACCUGUUUUGGUGUUAAUCGGUCUGCAAGUGGACUGGAAUGGGUAGGGUAUACAUAAUGUUUGCGAUUUGAAGUGCACAUGUAUUAACAUAAAGUGUACCUUCAAAUACCAGAGAUAUGAGGUGACCCAUCAAAAAAUCAAAAAGUCAUCCCGGUAUGAAACUCGCACCGGUGCAAUUUUCUCAUGUAAACACGCCUUGAGGAAAAUUUCAGCAUUUAAUGAAAAUUUUCCAACUGAUGCGCCCACGCCUCAAAAAUGGUCACCCAAAAAGAAAUUUCAGGGAGCCCAUGAGUCUCCAAAACAUUCCAGCUGAGCUUCCCAGGCCUUCAAGUUGGUCACAUGAGUACAUCUAGUAAAUCAAUCAAAUUAUUUUUCCAAGCAAGUCCUAGUAUUUUGUAAGCACACCGAUGUUACUGUGCUUUGCUGAUUGCUGAACUUGGUCAUUUUAGCUCUAGGUGGCAAGAAAAACCCACAUAUUGUCUGUUUAUGAAACCCAUAAAGUUUCUGUGCCAUACUGAUUCCGAAAAAUGUGGGCAAUGUAGCCCAAAUUUUGAAGUUUUUAAUAGAAUGAGAAAAGAAAAUUUGGCAGGUUUAUGAAAUUUUGAUAAAAAGGUUUUUGAGUCAAGUACUUCACUCGCCUGAAGCCAGUUGUUAGUUGUCUCAGGUGAACACAUUACGUCAUAGACAUUGUGCAAAUAUCCAGUGUCUGUAAAGCGGGUUAAUUUUAGAAAAAAAAAUAAUAUGCACUUUUUUAGAACAAACGAAACUUCCUAUUAUAUUCAGGUCUCCGUGUUAAGCUGCUGUUCGUACAACGGGGUUCUACUGUUAUUUUUUUAUUGGUAAUUUCGGCAGGCAUAGCAGUUAAAAUUUAAAAAAAUAAUUAUCCCAACGUUUCCAAGUUUCAAUCCAUGUGCCCAACCUUGCCAUCCUUCUUUACAACAGAUGAAAGGAAAUAGUUUCAUUGCCUGAAUAUUGCCUUGAAUAUCUUAAACCGUUAUCAAUUGUAGCACUUUAAAACAACAGCAAAUAGCUUGACUUAGCCCCUUUAAGUGCACACUUCAGAAAAUGGUAAGUGAAGCGUGACUUUAAAUUUGUAUUCUCUAAGUUGACCCGUAUAUUUUACACUGGUAAUCAAUGCAACCAGGCCCAGUGUAUAAUAAAAUGAAAAAAAUAUUUUUUUUUGCUUUUAAGACUUAGUUUAACCUAAGUUUACUGCUAAAUGAAAUAUUCCACAAUCAUCUCAUGGUUUUUGUCCCGAGAGACAAGGGACAAAAGCUAUCUAAUUGCACUGGAAGUCAAUAUGUUGCUUGUAACUAAUAUCGGUGUAGGGCUCCAAAGCUUGGUUUGCUUUUCGACCAAUCAGCUAAAAUUCCAGAUUCUAGAAACAGGCAAACGACACAUAAAGUAAAUGUAUCAGGUAUCCUUUUCUUCUUGUCUCCCAAACAAAAUGGAAGAAGGACGGCCUGAUCGCAGGUUAUGCAGGAAUUGCAAAGCUAAAUUUCACUCUUAACUUAGUGUACAUAAAUGGCAUCAUAAAAUGUUAGUGACACUCCUGUUUCAGUCAAAUCCUGUUUAUAUGGACACUGAAGGGUCCUUAGGAAGUAUCCAUGUUAAUGAGGUGUUCUUACUAUACUAAGCUGGUUUAAUGUUGUUGAGGUAAAAAAGCUUUUAUUCAAAUAAAAUGCUCAUGAAAUAAAAGAGGAUAUAGCAUCUUUAAAGGAAACAUCUCUAACCAUCCGAAAGCUGCCAUUCUGUGGACUAACUUCACUGAAACACUCUUUUAUCAUUUAUUCAUAUAUAGUUAACCAAAACCAUUGGUAGUCUUUACACUAGAGUUUAAAUAAGCUAAGAAAUAUUUCAAGACAACUAAAUUGUAAAUUCUUCAAGUAAAAGAAAGCUUCACACACAACCUAUAUUUUUUACUUCAGGUUUGCUUAAGCCUAUUUUCCCACGGAGCAUAAUUAAGAAUGAUUGACAUGCUUCGGCUUUCUCGAAGCUUAGAAACCGCAAGUUCCUUAAGUCGGUUUUAAGGAUGGUUUUAAAGUCACUUGAAACUUUCUUGAAUCGUUUCAACUUUCCAACUUUAAUGAGAUGCAAAGUAAAGUUACUUGAAAUUUCAGAUAGGCCUUCACACGGUAUUUUUUAGUUAAGUAAAACUUAGCAGCUCUUAAGUCUUACUUAACAGCCUAGCGUAAAGACAACCAUUCUCUGCUUAACUUGUUUGAUGCCAUAAGCAAAUUACAUAUUGACAUCUACAAAUCAUCCUCUGGUGUACUUUAUUGCUUGGAACAUCGACAUAGUGAACUGAAAGGUUUUGUUUUCAAGAAGGAAAUGUUUAUCACAACUUGAAGUUGACAAUGAAGUGCCCACAUUAGUGAGGUUAACUUGAUACUGGGCACGAAACAAGUGUCCAUUGUCUGUAUUAAGGGAUGUCUAUAUUAAGCGGGUGUCCUUUAACCGGGGUUUGACUGUAUAUUUUAUAAUAACUGAGCAAAUCCUCACAAGCUGAUUGGUCAAGAGCUAUGGUCUAUGAGUGUAUAGACCAUGGAAAUGAUGUAACAUGUCACGCAGGAAACUGAAUAUAAAUGUUAUUGUAAAAAACAAAUCGACCACAAUUUCCCAUGGUCUACACUCUUUUAGUAAAAUCCAACUAGUGGUCUAUUAUCAAUGCUGCAUUCUGAUUGGUUCAGCUACUACUAGGCUAUAUGUUAUAACCCACUAGUAGCGAAAAGCGCGGGCUUUUUGGCGGCAAAAAAGGAUUAAAGUCUCGCUUUAACAAGCUAAAAUUUUUUUAUUCUCGAUAUUUUUGACCAACUAGUUGGAUUUUACUAAAACAAUUAUUCCUUUCGCCCCCAUGGCCUCUGAGUCAAUAGCACAUUCGGCCUUCGCCCUCAUGGGCUAUUGACUCAGAGCCCAUUCGGGCUCGAGGAAUAAUUGUUAAAUAGACUGUAGAAAUGAAGCAAUGGUAUUUGUUAUUCAGCAGAAAUUUUAAGGAUUGUGAAGGUUAAAGUUGUGUUUCCACCAAGACACUUUAUGCUCGAUAAAUCCAAAGCUGCCUCAAAACUAUCAACUGAUCAAAUCAUGACCAAACUGGGCUUGGAACCUCUCUAUUAUAGAAGACGGACACACAGUUUAAGAUUUGUUAAUGAGUGCAUUGCAAACAGAGUUCCCAGAUUCCUUUCUAAUUAUUUCAAUGUAAGAAACCAUGACAUUCACCGCCACAAAACUAGAAAUAAUAAGAACCUUAUUUUACAAAAAGUCAACUUAGAAUGCGCCAAGCGCACUUUUUUCUACAAAAGUGCAAAAAUAUUUAAUAAUUCGUAGAAUUUAUAACUGUUCGAAUCUUCCGUUUAGUGUAACUAUUUUAUAAUAUUGUAAUUUGAUCUUUAUCCAUAUUUUUAAAUCUUUUUUUGAUUUUGAUUUGUCAUUUUUUACAGGACCUGCAUUGAUGGCAGUUUUUUUCUUAAAACUGAUGCAGCAAUCUUGUAUAAAUAUGUUUCAAUUAUUAUUAUUAUUAUUAUUAAAGCCAGAAUUACGGUGAAAACAAAUUGCACGUGCAGCCAUUUUUUUUUUAAUUAGCAAAAAAACAAAUUUGCACGUGCAGCACGCUUUUUGUCUUUCUUUGCCGUUGUUUUGCAUAACUACAACGCUGUUUUGUAGGACUAAAACGUCAAACUUCCUAGUUACACAUUAUUUUUAUGGAGGAGUUGUCGUAUGUGCUUACCCAAUAUUUUGUCUCCUGUGUUCAUGUUCGCUUUCAUUUUUUUCUGCCGCUUAUUUUCACUUUGCUGGCCGCUAACAUUUCUCAUUGUCUCACAGCCGCUUUGAAUUUUCAUGUUUUUCUUCCUACAAAAUUCGUCUCUUUUGUUUUCAAUCACUCGCUCUAGCUCUUUCUCUGUUAUCCACGUGAGUGUAAACAUCAAAAAUAACGUCGAAAAAGACAGGUCUUUGUUGUUGCUUUUUCUCUCUAAAAGUCCAGGCGGCUACGCGAUUUCUUUCCGUUGCAUUUGGGUUGCCAUACCUGUUGAUUGAAUUAUUUUACAUUGGUAUGCCUGUGGUGCGGACGGACGGUCGGGCGGUCGGUGUACGGUCACGUGAUUACCAAAUUUUCUCGGAUGGGUACUUUACCACAUUUUUUAGCCAUGGUGCUCCCGUGCGCGCUUCGCGCGCGAGAGCUCCGCUAGAAAAAUAAUCUCAACUAAUAUCUACACAUUUUUGUAAAGAUUUAUAGUUGAGAAAAUUUUAUAAAAGAUGAAAGAUUAUUUAAUUUUUCUAAAGGCGAUCAUUUUUACAACCUUUUAUCUCGAUUAUGUUUUUUUAAUUGAUGUUAACCAGCUAAAGGGCAUAUUUCCACAUUCUUCUCAGAUUUAGCUUUUUAAAAACAUCCUGGAAAACUAUUUAAGUUUUAAAUUUCAAUGUAGUCAUGACUAAGCAACAGGGGCACCUGACGGCGGUUUCCUCCUAAAAGCAUUGAAAUCGCUUUUUAGGCUAUAAAGAGUACUUUUAGAUCUAUAGAAAUGCACUCUAAUUCGUCUCUGUUCGGUCAUCCUAGGGCAGCUUGAAUCUACUCGAAAUUAAAAGGGCUUCAAAAUUUUCCCAAAAAUUUUACAUGCAAUUUAUAGUGGUAAUGGAACUAAGUGGAGGGCAAUUUGUGUAGGUAAUAGCAUGAUUUGUAGUGAUAUUUGGCAUAAAUACCACGAGUGAUAUUUCAAAAUUGUUAUACGUAAUUUCACGAGCAGUUAGGCGGGUGAAAUUUGAGACAAUUUUCAAAUAUCACGAGUGAUAUAUUUGGCAUAAAUACCACUGGUGAUAUUUCAAAAUUGUCUCAAAUUUCACUCGCCUAAGGGCUCAUGAAAUUACGUAUAACGAUUUCGAAAUAUCACUCGUGGUAUUUAUGCCAAAUAUCACUACAAAUCAUGCUAUUACCUAUACAAAUCAUACGCAUGACUUUAAAAUCGGACGAGCCAUUUUGAAACCGCCGAAUUCCGUCUGUACCAAUGUUUAUUUGACCAAAAUCUGUAAUUUGCGAAAUGAAAGGGAGACAGGGUGUUAAAACGCUCAUACAAAACCCUUUUCCCUUCCCUUUCGAAUUCAACAGCCCGCCACACAGGCUAAAAGUAGUUUCCCUUUUUUUCCCUUCCUGCCAGUUCCCCUUCCCCUUUCGACAUCUGCUAUGCAGGCUACUGUACACUGAAGGACAACAAUUUUUAAAGCUGUGAAGACAUCCACUGGACAUCUGACUGACCACUGUUCUCAAUACGUGUUCGUUCUAAUAAGGAUAAUGCAAAGUUUCCGAAAAGUUCAUGCAUGUUAUACCCGGUACGUGCCUAUGUUAUUCUUGCAUUGUCCGAGGCAGACUGAGUUCUACACCUCAUGUACAGAAACACAUCAGGAAGCCAUCAGGAAUAGUUCAGCAAACUGAUCGGAGAUAUGAAGACAGAAAACGCGGCAACAAAUGUUCAUUUAAAGGUGAGGAAAGCUCUUCGAUACGUUAAACAUGCAUAUACAUUCUGCAAUGAUUCAAGUGUAGGAUUAAUCAACGCAAUAUAGCCGGCAUAGUCAAUCGAACGAAACCGAACCAAAAAUAAUCGAACUAGAACUUUUCGGUGAGUUCGAUUGAUCCGAGAGGUUGAUAACCGAACUCAAUCGAACCAAUCAAACUCAAUCGACGCGCUUAGUUCGAUUUUGUUUUCCCUGCUAGCACAGGUCUUUCACGACGUGAGAGACCUCUGCUAGCAAGGAAGAUUUUGUUGGACAGAAAGACAAAACCUAUACAGUUUCAAUUGAAUCAGAAAGAUCUUAAUUAUUUAAGUAAUGUCUCAAAAUCGAUAAAUUCACAAUAAUACUGGGAAACAUGCAAGCACAGGCACCAGUUCACGUUGUAAAUGUCCAAGUUGGCCCUGGCCAUCGUCAGUUACCUUCAGAGCUGGAUCUUCCCUUUUCUUGAUAAUAAACUUUUCACCAACACUGACAGCGAAAGUGGGCACUCGUGGUAGCCUUUAACCACUGUUUCCAGAAUUGUUCAUGUUUUCUGCCCCCUGUGACAUCUUUGCGUACUUCUGUUUGAAAUUUAAGGCAAUACAUAACUUAUUUGGAUGCAACACCUUUUUUAGAAACCAGAUGAAGCUGGUUUUAUGUUCGAUUAUUGCAUGCAGUUUUCAGUUUUCGAAUGUUUGAUUAUGUUCGAUUGUUUAAGUGUUCAAUUUCCGAAUGUUUGAUUGAGUUUGAUUGGCAAAAUUUUGGGGUGAUUAAGUUCGAUUACCAAAACCAAUCAAACAAUCGAAUGAUUGGAGUUCGAUUGAGUUUGAUUACAGAACGUUCGAUUGACUAUGCCGGGAAUAUGGGAAAGCAAUCUUCCCUGGCGAUUUGUUGCAGUCACGGACUGCAGGUUACCGUUCGUAACUAGUACAGUAGCUACAAAUCACCAGAGAACACCAUCGAUGUAAGUAUCGAGAAAGUUUACAAUUUACAUUUCUAGGGAUUUUAAAAAUGUAGCGCAUUGCUGAUUUUUUGGCCUUUUAAGGUGGCUCGACUGGAUUUUUUGGGGUUGAUAUGAGUAAAGAUAUGGAAAAAAGGUUACCACAACUGUAUUAUAUACAGAUGAAAAUUUCUUAUGAUCUGGGUUUUAUUGCAAUCGGAGUCUCCAUGGCAACGUAAUGAUGCCAUUACGUUUUUCAUUUAUCUUUGUGUUUCUCUGUUCCAGGAGUUUUUUGAAGAAAUCGCUUAAGGGAGUAUGUACCUGCUAUAAUUGCCUCCAUUAUGGCAAAGUUUGAACAAAUUCUAUGAGAGCGUUUUUGAAAUAUUUUGAAAUGUAGUUGUAAGAGUAAUAAAAACAGUGAAAUAGCAUGCUACCUACACAAUCCGCUAAUAUUUUAAGAAAAUGGUAAGCUUUGGGAACGAGGCUUCAUCUCAUAGUGGUUUGAUUCCAUUGAAAACUGCAUACAAAAAAAGAGGGGAAUUGCUCUGGGCGAUCGCGAGUAAGAAGAAUUUUAUUAACUUACAUUUAGCUGCUUUUGAUACAGUUUUUGGACGUAAUUUGGUCCAUGGCUAAAAAUUUCGCAUUUUUCCAAAAACCGCUCGAUAAAUUUUUCUAUAAAUUCCACAAUCCCGAGACCAAUCGUCAAGAAAUAAUCUUUGCAAGUUUUAAGAACAUUGAAAACAGGGAAGGCUUUUAAAUAGGGCCUCAAAUAUAACCAAUUUUCCCCCCAGAUUUUGUGUUUACAAGUGAGCGUCCUCAUUAUUCACUGGCAUUGUUUUCAAGUGUCAUAUAAUUUUUAGCCAUGGACCAAAUUACGUCCAAAAACUGUAUCAAAAGCAGCUGAAUGCAAGUUAAUAAAAUUCUUCUUACUCGCGAUCGCCCAGAGCAAUUCCCUUCUUUUUUUGUAUGCAGUUUUCAAUGGAAUCAAAUCACUAUGAGAUCUAGCCUCGUUCCCAAAGCUUAUCAUUUUCUUAAAAUAUUAGCGAAUUGUGUGGCUAGCAUGCUAUUUCACUGUUUUUAUUAUUCUUAAAACUACAUUUCAAAAUAUUUCAAAAACGCUCUCAUAGAAUUUGUUCAAACUAUGCCAUAAUGAAGACAAUUAUAGCAGGUACAUACUCCCUUAAGCGAUUUCUUCAAAAAACUCCUGGAACAGAGAAACACGAAGAUAAAUUAAAAAUGUAAUGGCGUCAUUAUGUUGCCAUGGCGACUCCGAUUGCAAUAAAACCCAGAUCAUAAGAAAUUUUCAUCUGUAUAUAAUACAGUUGUGGUAACCUUUUUUCCAUAUCUUUACUCAUGCCGACGUAGUUAAUGCUCAAAGUUGGGAGGUAUCAACCCCAAAAAAUCCAGUCGAGCCACCUUAAUAAUUUGGAAUUUCAAGUUUUGAUAUGAAACACGGCGGGAGGGGGGUACCACCAUAUAUGGGAUAUAUAGGUAUGUGCCGCUGUGGAAGGUAUGGUUUUCAAUUAGUUUACUCUGGGAUAGGGUAUAUAAAUCAGGGUGUUUGGGUCUAGAAUAGGGUAUCAUUUCAAGGAAACUGAACAACUGGUCGAAGAGUUUAGUCUACACUAGGGAGACUGGGAACUGGCACUCAAAAAUAUCCAAAAAUGAAAUCAGUAAGUUUAAAUUAAAUUAACGCAACUCAGCCUAAGAGCUACUCAAAGGUAGGAGGGAUUUGAGGAGUUUAGUCUAGUAUAGGGUAGCAAAAUUCAGCUGAAUUAGCUCUUGCCCCCCAGCCAUUACUUGUGGUUUACAGGCCACUGAAAAUUGAACAUAUUUUUUUGCACACUCGUCAUACAUUACCGCAUGAUUAUGUCAUUAUUUUGUAUAACAAACUAUAUUUAUAUAUGUUACCAGUCAAAUUUGAUUUCAGGUUAAAUUUUUUUUAACCUAGGUUGAUUCUUAAAGAAACAAAGGAAGUUGAGAAACAACCUGCAAUCAUGGACAAAAGUCCUUGGGACAGUAAUGCAAUAUUCAUAUUUUUCUGUCAUUUCUCGGUUCCCUCAUAAAACAGUGCAUUCUUUUCGAAAUUUUCUUGUAGUUCUCCCUCCUCCCACCCUAUACAAAGUUGAAACUAAGAAAAAUUCUGGAUACAUGUGUCCAUUAUUGUUUGUGGGGUGAGGCGAGGGGUCGGAACUGAGUGAACUGGAAAACGCCCCAGAAAUGCCAAAGUGUUCCAAGACUUUUGUCCAGGAUUGUAGGUUAAAUUAAAAUUAACCUGAAAUCAAAUUUGACCUGUAACAUGUACAUGUUUGUAGGCUUUAUUGACUGUAGUUGUUCAGUUCAAUCCAAAUUAAGUGUAGCUUAAUUGCCAAUGAGCAGCCUCUCGGAGAUGCAAGGCUGCGAGGCAGCAGCCUAAUAGAGCCAUGCGUGAUUGUUCCAGGGACAGAAAAAAAUCACGAAUCGAUGUAACAUAGUAAUGUAAGGCAACAUUUAUGACGUAAUGCAGAACAGAGAAUGCAUUGUUUUUUAGCGAACAUGUGAUACAGAUCAGAGAAUCUACGAGCCGUGUGCUCGUUUGUGAGUCCCGUGCUCAUCCUGUCUUUAACGAGUCAUCAGGUGGAUAUUCAUUUGUAUCAUACACAAUAGCUGUCGCAUUUGCGCGCUGGAAUUUUUUAUUGCCUACCACUAAGAAAAAAGAAAAGCCAUAAGAUUGAUUGCAUCCUUGAAGCAAAAUAAUUCGGAGGGCUUCAUUGGCGCACCAUAAAUCUUAUUUAGCUUUAAAAAGAGACCAAAUAUAAAUCUGUAUGUUGAAUAUUUGUGGACUUAAAUACGAUUUUUCAAGGAUUCUAAAUUGGUUUAUGUGCAUAACUUCAGACAAAAACACAAACUUCAAUAUCUUGAAAAAUUUGCUAUGCAAAGUCAAGACUUCAAAUUCUUUAGGCAGUGGAAUAGUUUAAUUCACUAUUUUCAAAAGACACCAACCCAUGAUCCGCCUUCCCUGCACAUGUCGUGGUAGAACUGCCAUGUGAUUCCCAGCCAACAGCUCUCACAUGAGUUGUGUGGAGCUGACACUUAAAGGAGUACUUUGCACUUGCCUCGGCAGUAGAGGAGGGUCUUUGAGACAUGGGUUUUUCCCGUUCAUGCUGAUGGACCCCAAUAAACGCCAAACAGCUGUCUGUGGCUGCUACUUCCUGCAUGAUAUGGCUGUGCACAUGCGUGGGUUGGUGUAUGUGUGCCCUUGCUUGCACUGUUUUCAAGGUAAUUUUCGCUUAUGCAUUUGUCGUAAAUUACUGUAAUUCAUGACAUUUGUAAACAAAUUGAACAGCACGUGCAUAUAGGUAAAAUCUUUGCUCAUUGGCACUUAGCGAUAGCUAUAACUAGUAUAUUAUACGGUACUCUUGCUUGUGUUACUAAAUAUUAUAGUUCACCUAACUUAAUCCUUUCAUCACUGACUAUUCUGAAGAUAAAGUGCCCAAGACACUGGUAGUUUUGAAAAAAGCAAUUUUUCAGAAAAAUAUAAACAGCAUAUAAUGUUUUUAAAUAGUGGAGGGGGGGUCUAACAACAAGUGUCGAGGUUUUCCUAACCAGCUAAGCUACAACAAACGGCUCUAACAAUUGAAUCUUUUUCCACCACUUGAAUGACCAACGAUUCAAAACAAGGUGAAUCAAAAAUGCUGUGUAGGUUUGAGAUCCCAAGCUAUGGAACUCAUAAAGACACUGAAAGUUCCCUUAGAGAUUUUCCAGCUGCAGACAUUUAUCAGAACAGAGUAAAUUUAAAAUUAGAGAUUACUGGGCAUUGGGACACAGACACCCUGAUGAGAGUGGUUCAUCAGUGUGCUAUACUGCCUUGUGUGAAUUAUCUAACAGACAUUAAUGUGGAAAAAGUCAUUACAGUUAACCCAAGUCAAGCGUGCCCCCAAGAUUACGUUAAUGAAUUUAUUAUUCGAAAGUUGAAUCCAUUGAUAGUUGUAGAUUUCAGAUUCAUGUCUGCAUUCUUGCAUGCGUAAUGAGCCGUGAAUUCACACGCGAUUCACUUACGAAAUUUCUACCAGCUAAGUUUCCCUGAAUUUGACGUGAAUGUCUUCUACGAAAUUUAACUCAUUUAAAGGUUUUCAAUCUGACCAAAUACAGAGAAGUUCUCGUAAAAUAUUCACUGCUCAGUACGCAUGCAGGAAUGCUGAUUUGAAUUUAACACCAGUUAACGGAACGACUAACGGAUUCAUUUUUUAAAUAAUCAGUUCAUUAAUAGAAUCUUAGAGGGUACGCUUGACCUGCCUCGACUGUAUUCUGUUUGCCAAGUAGCAUAUGCAACUUGGCACACAAAUGAAAGCUCAUGAUGAUCAGCAGCAAACUUUGUGAAUAACCAGAUCUUUUUUUUUCUUUUUAAAUAGUGACUUUGCUAUUGUCAUUCUCAAAAAAAUACAUACUUACAGGAGUCUCUUUACCAGAAAUAUCAAAUAUGACGUUCAUUUUUGGCUGCCUGUUUUCUUAUCAUACAAUGUUCAAAGUGCUCAAAAUGUAGUCUCUGACAACCUAGUUUCCAUUAGAGACUUGCAUGUCCGGCCUCAUUUGUUCCGUCUCCUCAAUGGAUUGCACCCCCCUGCAAAAAAAACCUGGCUUCGAGCCUGUAUUUACUCAAAUUGGAAUUAAUUUUAUGAUAUGAACAUCUUAGAAAAAAGCUGAAAAAGGUGUAGGAUUUAUUGAUCCAUAAGAAGAAGCUUACUUUUGCCCAGUGAAUUGACACGUGUUUCCCACUGGAUUUUUCAUUGUGUGUUUUGACUUAUCUUAAGAUAAAUUUGUCAGUUCUAGAGGCCCAGCUUAAUAAUUAAUCAGCCUUUCACAGUUUGAGUUUUGUGAAGGUUUUUGCAACACCACUGUAUUAUGCUCAGGAAAAAAAAUUCUAAAACAAUCCUAAUCUGCAUUCAAGAGUAGGAAGGGCUUCUACAGGAUAGGUUUCAGGGGUUCUCCUCUAUAAGCCAUAUUAGAAGUAACCAACCAGGGCAGAUUGUUCAAAUAGUAUGUAUUACCCAUGAAGUCUUACUUUUGGUAUGUGACGUGCUAUAAUUUUGGGCAAUAGUUUAGCUGCUGUAAAACAAACGAUCUAUUAUAUUAUGCCUAGGACAUCUCUCUGUAUUAAAUUUAGGCCCCCUAGUUGGGCUCAGAUACAAUAGUAGGCAUUUAAUUUUAAGAGAGAAGUGUUUCAUUGUAUUAUUUUAUUUCAUAAAACUAAUGUGCUUCUGGAGAAUAUACCCAGGGAUGUCACCAAGAGUUUAAUUUGGUGGGUAAGUAAAACAAGUAGGCGGGGAAUUAAACAGCUAGGGGUUUUCUUUGGUUCUAUUUUUCUCCUUUUUUCUUAUGAAAGUAGCCAGGAGCCACGUUCAUAGUAGCUGGGGGGAAUCCCCAGCCCUCGAUUCUUAAUGACAGCCCUGGACAUGACCGUUUUUCAUAGUAUACUAUGCAGCUCAUCCAUUUAUAUGGACUUAUCACUGGCUAUCUCUUGAAAAGGCCCUGAGUAUAUACAAGUUUGUAUGGGGACCUUUACGGGAUUUCAAAGAUUAUUUUACCCUGGAGGUCGGGGAAAUGCGAAGGGUUUGAUGUGCACCCGCCAAUCAUUGGCCAUGCCCUUGGGAAGACCCUGCGCAAAUACAAAUUGCUUACAACAUGAAGGAGGUUUGGUUUACAACAACCUUGCACCACAGGGAAAACCGGGGGGGGGGCUUUGUUUAAAGAUAUGGCGGUUGAUUAGGUAUAUAGGCCACUUGUCCAGAAGAUCGUGGGCUUAGCUAUCUCCUUGCGGUGGAAAAACGUGGUGGUAUCGACAGACUGUGUAUUCUCAUUUAAUCUCAGUAAAAUUGUUGUCAUUAUAUCAUAUUUUAUUUUAUUUUAAACAACAUUUAGUUAGAGGUGCCCAGUUCAGCAAGGCUGGUUUGAAUGGGACCCUGAUGUAAAAAAAGAAAGAGAAAAAAAACAACACACAAGACAAAUAAAGAAUAGAAAACUUGAUGAUACAACUAAUUAAAGUACAGUCUAACCUCUCCUUACGAACACUUCUAUAAUACAGACACCUCUCUAUUACGGACAGUUUGUUUGGUCCCACAAAUGCGAAAAAUCAUACAUUCUCUACCUCUAUAAUAAGGACACCUCCGUAAAAUGGAUGCUUGGUUCUGUCCCUUUGGUGUCCGUAUUAAAGAGGUUUGACUAAAAGUAAGGGAGGCUCUAUUAGGCUUGGAUCUAUAGUACCUUUUUAGGCUAAACACAAACUUAUUUAUAUCAUGCUCACUCCUCAGGUCCAGUGGAAAAGCAUGUUGUAUACAUUUUGAUUUACCUUCUGUAAAAGUCUUAAGACAGCAUGAAAGUGGAGCUGUUCAUAAGCAGUAAGAUUUUACAGCAAUUCUGAGGAAAUUCACCCUUUAAAUUGUAAUGCCUAUGAACAGUUGCAUGUUUCCUUAAUGGUAAAGUGCUAUUUUCUAAUGAGGUGAGCUGGGUCGUUAUAAUGGCAUCUCAACUUUACUGUGGUUUAAGGAUGGGGGAUUUCUUAACUUUCAUUGUUCUAUGCCCUCCUCUUGGAGGGGGAAAUUAAGCACUUUCACAGGGUCAUUUGUAAAGUUCCUUUCCGUUGCCCAGGCUGUGACCAAUGAUACCUGCAUCACCAAGGUCGUUUACCGUUGAAUACUCGCGUAUUAUUUGUUUCAAGGUUAACUUCUAUGUCAGAAUUUGGCAAGAUGUAACGUGCAAACUCUUGAUCAAGCUAGAAACUUGAUAAACUAAAUGAGUUUGCUCUAUAUAUCGUUUUCUUAGUUUUUUAUGUCGUGCAAGGUGUCCAAAGCAGAAAGGAUGUGACCUAUGUAUAAAAUUAUUUUUACAACUCUACAGAUCAGUUACUGUAUUGUUACAGUGCCGUAGGUUGACUCAUUCUUAUUAUAUUCAAUACGUUUUCUUUUUCCCCCAGUCAGGCAUCAGAGAGGCUUCAAAUACAGUUUAUCAUCCAUUACAUGGCAACUUAGAGUCUGUGAGCAAGCUCUCCUGAGGCUCCCCGGGGUACGCGGGGCGGAGAAGGGAAGACUUGAAGGAGAGCUUGCACUAAUAUGUUUGAAUAUCUGCGUCCCAGAAUGGGAUACGAAAUGCUGAUUGGCUGAUUUUUAAUCAGGCGAUGACGUUGUGUUCCCUCGGGAGAGCUUGCUUGCAGGCUAGCUGGCCAGACACCUUCAUUGGCGUGAAAUCUUUGAAAAACAUUUCACAUAUUGCUCUAAAGAGUGGUUUAACGCUUUUGAAAUUACUCUAUAGGCGGGUUAUUUGCUAGUUCCUUUAUUGUCUUUGCAAUGGACAAAAAGCGACUCACAGUAGAGUUUAUAUUGUGGCGGGGGCAAGACAUGUAUGAUUUUAACAUCUUAUACAACAGACAAAUUCAGUUCCAAAUUCAUUUUUGUAAUCCGUUUUAAUAGCAGGAGAGAGAAACAAUUUAUUUAGUUGUCCUGGACACCUUCAGUUCAAAAACUUCCUGAGGAACGAUACUCUGUGUUCAAGAGAUGACACAAAGCUAGUAAAAUAUCUGGUUUCCUCAAUCCCAAGGGCAUAAGCAUGCAUUAGCAGUGUUUCGCGACCACUUAACCAUUCUCCUGUUCACCUGGUGCCCUCAACAACCUGUCUAUGAAAACGCGAACUCAACAAAUUUCUUGUGUUUCAAUUUUUUGGUGUGGCCAUACUUUUAGGGCUUUUUUCGCUCGGGCACUGUUUCUAUGUUUAUUUACAUUUGACGCUCACUUCCGCUGUGUGCCGAUUGGCCAAGACUGGCAGCUGUGUUGAUGGGAAGCCACAGGGGUACGUACUGUGGGCGAACUUCAAAUUCCUGAAACGUGUCUGCUAGCUCUCCUUACUUUUUCGCAUGGCUGCCAAAGUGCCCUGCGAGAGCUUGCUCGCACGCGAGGCUACUUAUUAAGUGGCCAGUAAUCAACGUUCAAAAAUAAUUGUAGACUAGAAUUGUAAGUAAAGUCUCCAUUUAGAGACCACUUCUAUUAUACAGAUGACUUCAUUGCACUCAUAAAGAAUUUCUUUAACACAAUCAGAAAAAUUUAGAUGACAUAGUUUAUUUUGUUUUUUGUCUUUCUUGGCAUUGACGCUGUAAUUUUUAUUUACUGACAGAAUUACUGAUAACGUUUUGAUGAGUAAGUUAUCAUUUAUUGAGUUAUUUAUCAGGUAUGUUUUGUUGGAAAGGUAUCAACAGGAAGCUGUUCUGCAUGUCUCUACAGUGCAAGAAGUGUGGCAUGUGUUUUAGUGUAGCAGGAAACUUAAGGAAUCAUGAAACAGUUCACACAGAGGAAAGGCCUUAUGAAUGUAAACAGUGUGGAAAGUGUUUUAGCCAACCAGGGGGAUUAUGGAGUCAUGUAAAAGUUCACACUGGGAAAAAGCCGUAUAAAUGUAAACAGUGUGGCAGAUGUUUUAGCCGAUCAGACGACCUGACGAGACAUGAAAGAGUUCACACUGGCGAAAAACCUUUUGAAUGUCAACAAUGUGGCAAAUGUUUUAACCAUGCAAGUAGCUUAAUACAUUAUGAAAGAGGUCACACUGGAGAAAAGCCUUAUGAAUGUAAACAGUGUGGCAAGUGUUUUAGCCAUGCAGGAAACCUAAGGAAACAUGAAAGAGUUCACACAGGGGAGAAGCCUUAUGAAUGCAAACAGUGUGGCAAGUGUUUUAGCCAUGCAGGAAGCCUAAGGAAUCAUGAAAUAGUUCACACUGGGGAAAAGCCUUAUGAAUGUAAACAGUGUGGUAAGUGUUUUAGCCGAGCAGGAAGCCUAAGGAAUCAUGAAAGAGUUCACACUGUGGAAAAGCCUUAUGAAUGCAAACAGUGUGGUAAGUGUUUUAGCCGAGCAGGAAGCCUAAGGAUUCAUGAAAGAGUUCACACUAGGGAAAAGCCUUAUGAAUGCAAACAGUGUGGUAAGUGUUUUAGCCGAGCAGGAAGCCUAAGGAUUCAUGAAAGAGUUCACACUGGGGAAAAGCCUUAUGAAUGCAAACAGUGUGGUAAGUGUUUUAGCCGAGCAGGAAGCCUAAGGAGUCAUGAAAGAGUUCACACUGGGGAAAAGCCUUAUGAAUGUAAACACUGUGGUAAGUGCUUUAGCCGAGCAGGAUACCUAAAGACUCAUGAAAGAGUUCACACUGGGGAAAAGCCUUUUGAAUGUAAACAGUGUGGUAAGUGUUUCAACCUAGCAAACAGCCUAAGGAGUCAUGAAAGAGUUCACAGCGAAGAUAAACCUUAUGAAUGUAAAGAGUGUGGUAAGUGUUUUCGUCAAGGUGCAGGCUUGCGGAGCCAUAGCAACGUUCACACUGGAGAAAAGCCAUUUGAAUGUCAAAAGUGUGGAACUUUUUUUAGCCGAGCAAGACACCUUAGGAGACAUGAAAGGGUUCACAACGGGGAAAAGCCUUAUGAAUGUAAGCAGUGUGGUAAGUGUUUUAGCCGAUCAGACGACCUGAGGAGACAUGCCAGAAAGACUUAUGAUUGUAAACAGCCUGGCAAGUGUUUUAAUCUCUCAAGAGACCUGAGAGUCCAUCAAAAAAUCCACAGU